AUGGCCAUCCACUACCUUAUCCUUCUCUCCCGCCAGGGCAAAGUGCGUCUGGCCAAAUGGUUCACUACCUUAUCGCCUAAGGAAAAGGCCAAGAUCGUCAAGGACGUCUCCCAGCUGGUUCUUGCCCGCAGAACCCGCAUGUGCAACUUCCUGGAGUACAAGGAUUCCAAGAUCGUCUACCGCCGAUAUGCCUCGCUAUUCUUCAUUGCCGGAUGCGCCUCGGAAGACAACGAGUUGAUCACCCUCGAGAUCAUUCACCGCUACGUCGAGCAGAUGGACAAGUACUACGGAAACGUGUGCGAGCUUGAUAUCAUCUUCUCUUUCACAAAAGCAUAUUACAUUCUCGACGAACUCUUACUAGCUGGAGAGCUGCAAGAAAGCAGUAAGAAGAAUGUGUUGCGAUGCAUAUCUCAGCAAGAUUCUCUCGAGGAUAUGGAGGUCGAGGAUGAGGUUACAAAGAUCAUGUAA